AUGAAAGAUUUCCCAUCCCACAAAAGGACAGUAGCAUCAUACGGUCGUCUUAAUGUUGACUCAUGCCAUCCAUGCAAUGCUGUACAAAUAGUUAUUCACUGUGAAUGUUACGAAACUUAUUAUUCUAAGAGGACCGUUUCAAUGAGAAGAGCACAUAUUCCAAUUCUGAUUAUUGCAUUCAUUUGCACCUUCGUUAUAUCAGAUAAAACUGAGCAUCUUCUGAACGCCGUGAACGAGACUCAUGUAGCGAAUGAAACGAAAUCGUCCGUCAACGUCACGACGACGACUGUGAAACCCAAGACCAAAGGAGCAAGCUUCACCACCUUGGCUGUUGCGAUGAUACCUUUGACUGCGGCCUUACUGCUUUGAAAUUUUUCUCCAUUUCUAAAUGUUGUGUAGUCAGCUAUCAUAUACACAUUAUAAUCUUCUGGCUUUCCGCGGUUCCAUUGAGUAAAGGUUCUUUGUUGGCCAUGUUAGGUUAUGUCGUAAAUAUUGAGUUUUUUUUUGAGAAGCGACAAAGUAUUUAUCAGGCAAAGAAGCAUGCGUCAAUUCUGUUUUUCAAAAAAAAACUUUUACGAAACCAAUCGAUUUACCAUGUAGAUUUCUCCAAAAAU